UCCUGGUGUGCCCUUAAACAGCCCAGAGGCAGGCAGCCUGAGUUCCUGCGACCCGCUGGGUGCCGCUCCCCACUUCUCACGAGGGAAAGUCUCUGGAAGGGCUGGACAGGUGCCCGGCCAUGCUGGCGCUGCUGUGUGCCUGGCUGCUCCUGGCGGCCGGCGCCGACGCCACCGGGACGGGUCCGGACGCGGCGGGGCUGAGCGCGCACACGCAGGAGCAGAUCCGCGACAUGCACGCCAAGGUGACGGCCAUCUGGCAGGGGCUGCGGCUGCACCGCGCGGCGGGCCCGGGCUCCGAGGGCGCGCUCCACGCCGCCUGCCGGGUGCAGCCGUCCGCCUCGCUGCAGGCGCCGCAGCCGCGGGUGAGCGGCCUGGUGCUGCUCCGGCAGCCCGCGCCCGGCGCGCUGCUCGAGGCCUUCUUCGACCUGGAGGGCUUCCCGGCCGACAGCAACGCCAGCCGCGCCAUCCACGUGCACGAGUUCGGGGAGCUGAGCCGGGGCUGCGAGGGCGCGGGGGCGCACUACAACCCCCUGGGCGUGCCGCACCCGCAGCACCCCGGCGACUUCGGCAACUUCGCCGUGCGCGCCGGCCGCGUCUGGAAGCACCGCGCGGGCCUGGCCGCGGCCCUCGACGGCCCGCACUCCAUCAUGGGCCGCGCGCUGGUGGUCCACGAGGGCCUGGACGACCUGGGCCGCGGCGGCAACCGGGCCAGCCUGGAGCACGGCAACGCGGGCCCGCGGCUCGCCUGCUGCGUGGUGAGCGCCUGCGGGCCCGAGCUCUGGGCGCGCCAGCUGCAGGAGCACGCGGAGCGCAAGAAGCUGCGGCGCAUGGCCGGCGAGUGCAAGACCCCCUGAGGAUGCCCGGCCCUGCGCGGGGGCCGCAGGGGUCCCCUGCACACCGACACCCCGCUCGGUCGUGCCAUGGGACCCUCUACGCGCGCUGAUACUCCUCCGUGGGCCUCGAGACCGCCCCCCGCCUUCUGCCUUAGGUGUCUCUCUCCACUCCCGGAGACACCCUCCACCUUGACGUCGCAUCUGCCAUGGCUGAGGUCUCCUCCCACCCCGCAAAUCCCCUCCACACGGAUGCCUCCAACCAGCAUAACAUCCGCCCUCCAUCUUGAGGGCGCCGCAACCUCGAGGAUCCACUCCAAACUCUAAGAACCCGCAGAGGUCCUGAGAUACUCCGGCCACCCUGAAGGUCUCCUGGACUCUCUGAGGUCCCUUUCCAUCCUGCUACUGCCUCACCCAUCAGCCCUGACACAUCGAUACCGUGGGGACCCAACUCCCUCACCCCCUAGGUUCCUCCUAGGCUUCUGAGAUUCGUUCUCAAGUCGCCAAGGGUCCUCUCUCCCCACCCACCGCCUGAGCCCUGCCAGCAUCUUCAGCGGGCAGUCAGGCCCCUGCCCUCACCCCCCAAGUGUUCCCUGCCCAUCACCUCCCUGGCAGAAUGCUGCUCCUUUGGGAGCUGUUUGGCAAUCUUGGUGUUGCACAUUAAAAACUAAGCAAUUCAGCACUGCAUCCAGGCCUGGGUUACUCGUUUUUGUUUGUU